UAACGAUAAUAUUAGCUCCCAAAGAAUCGAGCACCCUGAAAUCACCAUUAGCUCGUCUUCGGCGUAUGAGGUAAAUGCACAAGACACACCUUCCUUCGAAUUCGUGGUAUCCCAUAUUCGGAUAAAGAGAAAUUACGCGUUUGUGUCCGGAUUUCUUACAUCUAGAACAAUAUUUUACGUCGAGGCCAUAGUAUUGACAUGUUUUAGGUUCGUAGCCAAUUUACACGGGCCGGAAAGCCUUGAUAUUUGGGAGAAUAUACAUCACUUCUUCGAAGCUCAUCCCGUAUUGAACUUCGUGUUGGCCGGCAAUUGGUUUUUCGUGUAA